AUGACUGCCCUCGAUGCGGCGAUCGCUACAAGUUCGUCGGCAGCAUUUGACCCAGCUUUUGACGAACACCUUCAUACCGAGUUCGAGAAGCGCCCCCCGCGGCGCGUGGGCGACACUGUUCCGAGAUCGGCUUACAUCGUUGCCGUCGUAGAGCUCUUCGAGCGCUUCUGCCUACCAGCAAUCACCACGCUUUCCGAUUUCUUCAUCUACGGGAAGACAAAAAAAGAGGUUGUUGCCUGCAUCGUCGACGCCAUCGAGGCACACCAGAACCUGGGGAGAUCCGAAGUCAGCAUGCUAUUUCCCGGCAUCUACUAG